UGUCCUGGUGAGGAUCUGUGUUUUAAUAAUAAGACGAUAGAAGUAGCCAAGACAUUUCAUUUUCCUAGCAGCAGUCUCCUGAGAUUUCCAGGUGCUCACCUGACACGUCCAAAGAAGUUUACAGAACCUGUACGGGAUCAUGGCUACAUUAAAGGAGAAGUUACUUCAUGAAGUCAGCCCUGGAAUAGUGGCUGAAGCAAGGUCCAAAGUCACGAUUGUGGGUGUUGGACAGGUGGGCAUGGCCUGUGCAAUCAGCAUUCUCCAGUCAAAUAUAGCUGAUGAUGUAACACUUAUAGAUGUGAUGGAAGAGAAGGUCAAAGGAGAAGUUAUGGACUUGCAGCAUGGCAGUCUCUUCCUGAAAACAUCCAAAAUCACAGCCGCAAAAGAUUAUUCAGAUACAGCUAAUUCACGGUUGUGCAUCAUAACUGCUGGUGUUCGUCAAAAAGAAGGCGAGAGUCGGCUGAACCUUGUUCAGAGGAACGUGGAAGUUUUUAAGAACAUUAUUCCAAAUUUGACAAAGUACAGUCCAAACUCAAUCCUCCUAGUGGUCUCAAAUCCAGUGGACAUUCUCACCUAUGUGGCCUGGAAGCUGAGCGGCUUCCCCAGUCAUCGAGUACUGGGAAGUGGUACCAACCUUGACUCGGCCAGGUUCCGCUUUCUAAUGGGAGAAAAGCUAAAAAUCAACUCCACUAGUGUGCAUGGAUAUAUCAUUGGAGAACACGGAGAUUCAAGUGUUCCAGUAUGGAGUGGAGCAAAUGUUGCAGGUGUCAAUCUGCAGUCUAUCAAUCCCGAGAUGGAACAACAAGAUCCAGAUGGUUGGAAGGAGAUUCACAAGAAAGUUGUGGACAGUGCUUAUGAAGUGAUCAAACUCAAGGGAUACACUUCCUGGGCAAUUGGACUUAGUGUUUCCAGCCUGACGCAGUCAAUUCUUAAAAACCUCCGAACUGUCAACCCUGUCUCAACUCUGGUCAAGGAUAUGCAUGGCAUCACCGAGAAUGUGUUUCUAAGCCUUCCCUGCAUCUUGGGGUCACCUGGAGUCUGCGGUGUUCUUCGGCAGCCUUUACAACAGAGGGAGAGCGAACAGCUGAGGAAGAGUGCUGCAACUCUUUGGAGCAUUCAGAAGGACCUGAAGCUGUGACCGAAGAAGGUGACACGAAGAUUGAACCACUUGACAUUUUAGUCUUUUGGACUUGCUGAAGUUAGAAACUAAAUAUAAUAUAAUCUGUUAGGAAUCCUGGGAUUUUAAAAAAAAUGGCUUACCUAAUGGCAACUAUUGCUCACUAUAACUAAAGAGUCGAGAAAGCAGUGUCUGGUAACCAGUAAUGAAGCUGUUUUGUUAAAUAUUUGAAACUUUAAAGGAACCAUUUUAAAGCUUUCAUUCUUAACUGUGUUGUUGUUACAUACCGCUUUGGUAGACAAUAAAGUUUGUUGUAAC